AUGUGCAUCAAACACGCCCAAUUCUACAGCUGUCCCGCCAGCGCGCGUCCCAAGGCCCCCAAGAGACGUCACCGCGUCACUGCAAACAUUCUCUGCUCGCACAUCUUCCCCUGUCCAGCCUCCCAAUGGGAGAAGCGCACCAGCUUCUACGACUACAUGUGCCCCGGCUGCUCGGGCGAGUUCCCCGCCGUGCCGCGCGGCACCCCCUCGCACGACGAGUGGCACCGUGACGACCUCCAGGACAACGCCUGGGCCCAGAGCUACAUGACGGAGUACUGCCACUCCGUCCUGCUCUGGAUCCGUAGCAGGUUCCCCUCCGACGACGUCACGAACAAGGAGAUUGUCGAAGCGUGGUCUCGGUCCUUCUUCAUGGAGCGCCGGUGCAAGGAAGACGACCACCGCGUCGGCGUGUGCUCCUGCGAAGCGAACAGCCCGCUGACAUUCUACUAUAAUCCGGCCACGGCGGCUCGUAAACACCUCACGGACAAGGCUACUGAAAAGACUGAGACGGAUCGUCGCAUCCAGAACCCCACCAUGCAUAGCCUCUUCAGUUUCCGUCACACCCUGCUUUCUGGUUUCUGUCAAGCGCAGAACCUGUACUUCAAGGGUGGACUCUCCCGCCAGCCUCUAUUCUCGAACAAACUCGUCGAAAGCCGCCGCAAGACACUGGACGACGAUAUCCGCAUCCACUCGGAGGCGGCGUCGGUUUUGGUGAUGGAGAACGCGGAGUCCGGCACCGGGUGGACUGACGCGCACACCCUAGAGGCGAGCUUCAUCUCGAGGCGCGCCAAUCUGGUCAAGUUCAUGGGCGAAGUCCUGCUACACGACAACGGCAUCUCCAACAGCCGGUUCAGCCUCGCGGUCACGGUAAUCUGCAGCAUCAUCAAGCCCAUCGUAUACCGCGGCCCUUCGACCGUCGAGGGACUGGACAAUCUCGCCGAGAUUGCGAGCUCGACCGACCAGGCGUUGAUGCCGGACAAGCCGUUCAUGGGCUUUGUCCAGCUGAUUCAAAAGUACUACCAUGACCGCACUGAAGAGUGGAACACGGAGGUCAUUGCCUACAAGGCGCGACGGAGCCUGGUGGAUUCCGUGUCGGUGGACGUGGACGACUGGGAGGGGCCGGCGGGGCAAGUAUGUCCCGUCUGCGAAAAGAAGUACUACGAUGAGACGCCGGGGACCAUGUUCCGGGAUCUCGAUCAUGGUGUUCCCGGCUGCCCCCUCGGAGAGCCAAUGGUGCGAAUGAAGAAAUGCCGUUGUCACAUUGGGAAGCGAUGCCUGUUUCAGUGGUUGACGAACAAGGCCGCGGGGAAUAAGGAGCUUACUUGUCCCGGAUGCAAGGAGCCGCUGCCACAGGUCGCUUUUAAGCUAGUAGAGACCAGUUUUUCGCCUGGUAAUCUGUAA